GGUUAUAAGUUAAGACGUUUGCACCGUCAAAACCUUUCCACAACUCAGACUCCGUGUAACUGUAUCCCUUUGUCUCAAUGUCUAAACUUAAUGCAAGGGAUUAAUAAAAUCCAGCUUGUAUCCAUUAAGUCAUUCACUGAUUUAUCAAGUCUGACUAAUAGGAACAGACGUCAUAAAAGCAUCUCAGCAUGGCCAUGCAAUUUCCUUAGUCAUAACUUAUCAGUGGGCCCCAUAAGACAUUAAUCUCUUUAAAAAGAGUAGUGACAAAUCCUAUAUGGACCCUUGAAGAUUCAAAUGGAGAAUCCAGAGAGGGAUCCAACCAACCCCGAUGCAGUCCGAUACAUUACAAAGCCCAAGGAGAAAUGGGAUGAUAGAGAUUGCAAAAAGCACAAUCUGGACAACGUCGCCAAAGCAGCCAUCUUCAAGACACUUGAUCCGAUCACCUUUUCAAAAAUCAAGCAUCUCAAGACUGCCAUGGAAAUAUGGCAAGGUCUUGGGAAGUUGUGUGAGGGAUCAGAUGAUCUGAGAAAGCAGAAGAUAGAGGUUCUGCUUGAGAAGUUCAAAAGCUUCAAAAUGCUUCCCGGAGAAUCAUUUGACUUGCUGGAUGAAAGAUUCCAGAAGAUUUUAUUUGAUCUUGAAUCACUUAACCACAUUCUUUCUCCCAAAGAAAAGAAUGUAAGAACCUAUGAGCUUGAGCUGAAGAAGAAGAAGGAAGAGCAAGUCACUCUUAUUCCCACAGCACUGAUGAAUAAUCACAGAGUCCCAGCAAGCGAAGGGACAUGCCCACGGAACUGUGACACUCCUUCCACCAGCCAGCCACCAAGCUCAAAAACGGGGAACUACGAGCAGGAGCUUGAAAUUAUGAUCAAGAAAUUCCUGAAUUCCAAGAAGUUUUUCAAGAAAACUGACUUAUUCAGAAGGCCAUCUAAGGGAAAGCUACACUACGGAGAAGGAGAAAGGAACGAGAAGAAGAAGGCAAUGGUAGCAGUUGAGAGUGACGAGUCAUCCAGCUCAAGCUCAAAUGAGGAAGCCCUCGUCUGCAUGGAGCACAGAACUGAGAAGUCCAACCAUGAGGAUCGGUGGACAAUGUCAGAAGAUUAUACUCUCUGCCUAAUGGCCAAAGAUGAUGCUGAUCAAGAGGUAACUUCACAAACCUCUUGCUCAUCUUCUUAUGAAAGCAUACCAACUUCUGAAAAUAUUGUUGACAAGUUCAAAAAGGUGAUGGAAGAUUUUGAGGAAAUAAAUCUUAAAUAUUUAUCUUUAACAGAAGAGAACAAGCUAUUGAGUGAAGAGAAUCUCAAGUUGACUAAAGGUCGGAAAAGUCAACUAAGUGAGAUCACUCAACUCAAGGCUGAGAAUGAAUCUCUCUCUGAAAAAGUGAAAUCUCUCAACAUGGAGCUAGGGAUACUGAAGUCCUAAGAAGUUGUUGAUAAGCUUCUUGAAACAACCAGGAAGAAGGGUUGUGAAGGACUUGGGUUUGACCCCUCCAGUUCUAAAAGGAAAGGGAGAACAACAUUCAUUCCUCCCAAACCUACUGCCAAACCCAAUAAGCAAAAAGGUAAGGA